AAUUUACGAAGUUGUGUAAGAAUGCCCAAAUCUGGCCUAUAAGUAAGGCGUCCGAUCACAGGGCAGAGCACAAAACCUGUACUGACAGUCGCCAUAUCUCCCCUGCUUCCAGUCCACUGUCUUGUUUGCUCAGCAUUCUCUUUAGCUUUAGAAAGUUGCAGCAUUGUCUAACCAGACAGAGCUUUAGAGCCCAGGAUCUGGUGGGUGACUGUGAGUGUGAAGAUGGGCAUUCGGAGUUUCAAGAUUUGGAUAAUGCUGGCAAUGGCACUUGCAGCACUACUUUUUGCCAAUGUCUGCUCUGCAACACAGAGCAAUUCCUCUGCUGUAGAAAAGGAUCCGGACAGCAUUGCUGAAAUGGUUCAAAAGAGCAUUAACAGUACGAGGCGAGAACUGGCUUAUUUGUCAUGCGGGACUGGGAACCCCAUUGAUGACUGCUGGAGAUGCGACCCAAACUGGCAGAACAACCGCAAGAGGCUCGCAGACUGCGCCAUUGGCUUCGGCAGGAACGCCAUUGGAGGCAAGAAUGGGCGAUUUUAUGUGGUAACAGAUCCUGGUGACUAUGACGCUGUGAAUCCUCGCCCUGGCACUCUGCGUCAUGCUGUCAUCCAGACCGAGCCUCUGUGGAUCAUUUUCCAGAGAAGCAUGGUGAUCCAGCUCAAGGAAGAGCUCAUCAUGAACAGUUUCAAGACAAUUGACGGCCGAGGCGUCAAUGUCCACAUCGCCAAUGGGCCCUGCAUUACCGUUCAGUACGUGACUAACAUCAUCAUCCAUGGCAUUCACAUCCACGACUGUAAGCCCGCAGGGAAUGCAAUGGUGAGAGACUCCCCUACCCAUUACGGGUGGAGAACAAUGUGUGAUGGCGAUGGGGUGUCGAUCUUCGGCGGAAGCCACAUUUGGGUCGACCACUGCUCACUUUCCCGUUGUGCAGAUGGUCUCAUUGACGCCAUCAUGGGAUCCACUGCCAUUACCAUUUCCAACAACCACUUUGCCCAUCACAAUGAGGUAAUGCUGCUGGGUCACAGUGACUCCUACACCCAGGAUGUCAAUAUGCAGGUGACUAUCGCUUUCAACCACUUUGGUGCAGGUCUAGUACAGCGAAUGCCCAGAUGCCGCCAUGGAUACUUCCAUGUGGUAAACAAUGACUACACUCACUGGGAAAUGUAUGCCAUUGGAGGCAGUGCCAAUCCCACCAUCAACAGCCAAGGAAAUCGGUACCUGGCACCGAUUAAUCCCUUUGCAAAAGAGGUAACAAAAAGAGAGGAUUUCAACCCCAGUGAAUGGGAGCACUGGAACUGGAGAUCAGAAGGAGAUCUGAUGUUAAAUGGGGCAUUCUUCACACCAUCUGGAGCAGGGGCUUCAUCAAGCUAUGCAAAGGCAUCAAGCUUAGGGGCAAGGCCUUCUUCAAUGGUGGGAGCUCUUACUGGAAAUGCAGGAGUUCUUGGUUGCAAGACUGGAUCUCACUGCUAACACAACACACCCACAAAUCUCUCAUCGUUAUCAGUAUCAUUCUGUUCUGGUUCUGUUCUGUUACAUUCCAUUCCAUUGAAGUUUCUAUGUCCUCUCUGGUUUCCAAAAGUUUUGUCAUCAUGGUUUAUUCAGCUAAUUCUCCAAUUGUAUUAUGGAUAUAUAUAUCUUGUUUGGAGGGGAGAAUUCGAGUAUAUAUAUAUGGUCUCCCAUACCUCCCUUAUUUUCAAAGGCAACCUCGGCCUACCAUGAAGGCUGUAUGAUAAAUAUAGUUGGAGGCGCAGAAGUGUUGUUGAUGAACUCCUUUUCACUAAUAUCAAUUCCAAUUGUUCUCUUGCUCUAA